AUGGCGAGAGACAGAACGCAUUCCUUCGGUUACCCCCCGAAACCCACCAGCUUUGAAAUGGAUAUGGACAACAUCACCGUUUCAAGCAGUAGCGACGACGACGAUGCCAUCAACCCUCAUUCUCGAAACGCCUUUCAAAGCUUUCCGCGGGGCGGCUCUACUCAGCGACCUUUGAUCAGCUUCGUCACGAAUAAAUGGGAGACAUCUCGCUCGUCCAGAGGUCGUUCAUCCUCAUCUGAUUCGUCCGCUUCGUAUGAUUGGCACCGGGUCCCAUGGCUUGGUUUCAUAGCGUCAAUCGUCAUGGCGCCUAAGUUCAGACGAUAUCUCGUCGUAUAUGCUAUUCUCUUGGUGUUCGCUUAUACGGGAUGGGAGGCUGUUCUGCAACCGAUGAUCAAAGAGCAUGAAGAGAUACUCACGGCACUCAACGUGGAUACAUUAGAAAAAGUAGGCGGGUGGUUUGGGACCAACGUGCGUCCGGAAUUCGUCGACGUUGUGCCGAUGAAGACCCUCGAUCCGACUCUGUUGCCAAGUCCUGAGAGAAUACAAAGUCUUAAAUCAAGUCGGCGACUGGUUAUUGUCGGCGAUGUACAUGGGUGUCAAGAUGAAUUGGAGAAAUUGUUGAAGAAAGUGACCUUUGACCCGUCCAGUGACCAUCUCAUACUCACCGGAGAUAUGAUCAACAAAGGUCCCAAGAGCAGCGGCGUAGUAGACCUUGCGCGCGAACUCGGCGCUUCAUGCGUACGAGGGAACCACGAAGAUCGCAUCUUACUUGAGCGCUCAGACAUGAAACUUCAUACAAACGAGGCAUCUGAUCAAGAGUACACUGUUGUCUCCGACACGGCCGAGCGCAGGGUAGCCAAGUCAUUAAGCGAUGACCAAGCGGCAUGGUUGCAGGAUUGUCCUGUUAUAUUGAAAGUAGGAGUAAUCAAGGACAUGGGCGAGGUUACUGUUGUGCAUGGGGGUUUAGUUCCCGGUGUACCGCUAGAGAGACAGGAACUGUCGAGUGUUAUGUCAAUGCGGACUAUUGACUUGGACACCCAUGUCCCGAGCGCCAGCAAAGAUGGCAUUCCCUGGUUCAAACUCUACAACCAGUACCAUAAACUUUUGGCAUCAUCACAUGAAGACGUCGACUCCUCUCACCCUCCCAAAACCAUGACCGUGAUAUAUGGCCAUGACGCCGCAAAAUCACUCAAUAUUCGCCAAUACACCAAGGGCUUGGACUCUGGAUGCGUCUACGGCCGAAAAUUGAGUGCACUUGUCAUUGAAGACGGUGGCAAGAAUGAAGUCGUGCAAGUAAAGUGUGACGAAUAUGUGAAAUCUUGA